AACCAUAUGCUUUUUAAAACUAUAGCGUAAACUCUUUACGUAUUGCUUAUUGGAAAAUAUGGAUUCAAUUCAUAAACAUUCUGACGAAGCCUCUAUUUAUAAGGAUAGAUAUGAAAGACUACUUGAAAAUCAUCAAAAUUUACAAACCUUGAAUGGUAAGCUUGAAGAACGUUUACUUGAGGUUGUUACUAGGUCUGAAAAAGAUAAAGACGAAUACACAAAACAUAUUGAUAUUUUAUCCCAUCAAGUCUAUAAUCUGUCCACUGCCAUAUCUGAAAUUGAAAAAGAGAAUGAAAGAUAUAAAAGAGAUUGUAGCAUCGCGGUUAACUUAUUACAUUGCAAACCUAAUGGGUAUAUGGUACCUUCAUUAAACUCACUGCCUCAAACAGCUCGGCAUCAAAAUCUAGACCCUUCUACUCUUUCAGUCACGAAUUUUGAUAAAAAUACCCACACGAAUUCCAGUUGUAACGCCAACAGGAAACAUCCUAGAUUGUUCAUUCCUUCCACUUUCCUGCCCACUGCCGCGAUGUAUUUACCGUCAGAAAUCAGCAAUGGCGACUCUAGCGACAACCACGAACAAUUAAACAAUCAUACUUUAUCAUCCGCUCAACCCAUUAAUUCCGCUUCACUCAAAGGCCUAAAUACAGAUCCUCCUCUAAAGAGAAACACGUUUACCAGUAAUGGAUUGAUGAGCUUCAAUUAUUGAUUAUCAAUACCCAAUGUAUUA